AUGUCCGACAGCGACGGCGAUGGCGUCCGCAGCAGCUGGCAGCAAGUGCGCCACUACAAGGACCACUUGGGCCAUCCUGUUGUCCUCGAGGAGUAUGUCAGACCCGGCGAUGAACCAGACCCUGCUCAUCUGGUCCCCAUCCAGGUCUACAGCCUUGUGCCCCUCGACUCAGAUCAUGAAAAGGUGCGCAACUAUCUCCUAGGCGCCUUUUGGAAUGGCGAAGUCAUGCCGUUGUUCGAGAUAUACUCGUACUGCCCCCCUGAUUCCUUUGCCUGCAUCGACCACAAUCGUCGUGAAAUUGCCUUUCGCAAGCAGCAGCACCGGUCGGGCAUUGAAAACGCCCCUGGACUGAUCCCCCUGUUCUACAGGAACGGUUGGGAUAACGAACCUCCCAUUGGGCGCUGUGUCCUUUUACGUUCCCAUAGCUAUCGUCUAAAUGAACGCGAUGAUGGGGCCUCUGCCGGGGGGCCCGACGAGCUCAAUUUCACGCGCACCUUUUCCAGCACGCGCAGUGAUGCCGAUGACACACAAGUUCCAAUGCACCCCCCAGAGGAAACCUAUCUGGAACGGUUUGAGCUGUCGACCGACCGCAUCACAUUACGGGAAUAUGUCGAUCAGGUGGUUGUCAUGGACAUAUUCUCGAACUGCAGUCCGCGUGGAGACCUGGAGUUUGGCCUCGAUAUUGACGAGGGCAUCCCCCCAGACCCAACUCCGCCCUCUAUCGAAGAGAUUCAGGACCAGCUAUCUCAGCAGACUGCAGUUGGCGGAUUCACUCUGGGUUCGUUGGCCGAGGUCACCCAAGACGGGGGAACUGUGACUGUGUCAGACACGCCCAAGGGAGCUGAGUCUGACUUGCAGUAUCUGAUCUGUGCGCCUUUUCUCAGCCACCUCGAUGAUACUUCUGCAACUCCUCUACUAGAAAGCACGGCCCGCCUGUUCUGCUCUGCGCUUCGGUCCCAUCUGCCUGCGCCAAAGUCUAUGAAUCUCAAAUUCUGCAUCCCAGAGUCGCAUUCCAACCCUUGGUCUGGAAUCCGCGCUGCCUACAAUUCUGUCAUCGCCUCCCAACCUGUCACAUUUGCUCCUGGUGCACUCUAUAAAUUCCCCGCGGACGACGGUGAACCGGCUGCUUUGCACCGGGUCAGUCCUCAGAACGAACUUGACAGAUUUUGGGACGCCCAACACGCGGCCCGCAACCCCUGUGGCGUGUUCGCUGUCGUACUGGAUAGGGCGAACUUUGUAAGCGAGGCCGGGGUAUAUUUUUAUACUGCUGACUUUGGCUAUGAUGAGACUUCAAAAAAAGAGGAUCUCUCUGACGAUACCAAGGUCUGGCGCUGUAUUGGCAUGGCUGAGGCGGCAAGGCGGUUGGCCAUGCUCGCUGUCGAAGAGGCGUCUACAAACUGA